AUGGCAUCACAACUUCUCCCACUAGAGCUGAUUGAUAAGUGUGUUGGGUCAAAGAUAUGGAUUGUUAUGAAGGGCGAUAAAGAAUUCUGCGGAACGCUGCUUGGAUUUGAUGAUUAUGUUAACAUGGUACUCGAGGAUGUGACUGAAUUUGACUACUCUGGCGGCCAAACGAAGCUUUCUAAGAUACUUCUGAACGGAAAUAAUGUGUGCAUGUUAAUACCCGGGGGCGAAGGGCCAGUCAGCGCAGCUCCUUAA